AUGAUUCUCACGCCACCCCUGUGGGCAACCCCGUGCGCUGCGCUGCAUACCCGCAGCGGCCAUCGUAGUCGCAUCACCUGCCUACGCUUCAAUGACGAUGGCAGCCAGCUCGUGUCUGGCUCACAAGACACCACCGUCAUUGCCUGGGAUGUUCUCAACGAAUCAGGCCUCUUCCGUCUGCGUGGACACAAGGGCCCGAUCAAUGACAUUGCCAUCCUGGAGAGUCGCCGGCUCAUUGUCUCUUGCUCCAAGGAUACCUUUGUCCGCUUCUGGGAUUUGGACACCCAAGCCUGCGUUUACGUUUUAGUGGGCCAUCGCACCGAUGUCACAGGCCUCGCCUUUUUGGAUCAGCAACAGCGCCUCAUUACCACGGCAGCCGAUCAUCAACUCCGCGUUUGGCAACUUGGUUACAGCUCCCUUUACGCAUCGUCGGGCACCACCAGCAACAAUGAUGCUGCGGACGAACAUACGCCAGAUGCUCACUUGGAUGAGGUCAAAAGUCCCGUUGUAGCCGAACUUCAAGGAACUGUGGCCCGCAGCACGCACGAUCGAGCACUAGGCAUGGCCAUGAGCCCGGAUCAUCGCACCUUUGCCGUCUUCAGCGCGGAUAGCACGAUUGAUCUCUUUCGCAUUCGCUCCACCGAGGAGCUGCAACGCCGCCUUGCCCGCAAGAAGAAGAAAGCUGCUGCCAAGGCCGGCGAUCAAGAUACGCCCCAGCUUGACCUGAAUGACGAAAUUGUGCUGGGCGGCACCGUAAUGGCCCAGGGCAAGGUUCGCUCGUUUGCUUGGCAACCAACAGAGCAAUCUGGCAACAAGCUGGCCAGCGUCACUCUCUUGUCCACCAAUGCCCUGGAGACCCAUGCCUUUGAGCGCACCGGCAAAGGUGUGACAUCGCAGCGAACGGCCUACUUUUCCCACAGUGGGCAUCGUAAACCUGUACGCAGCAUUGCCUUGAGCAGCGAUGAACAACUCGUGGUCUCGGGCUCCAACAGCACCGCGAAGCUCUGGAGCGCGCACACGGGCCGAUGCAUCCGGACCCUCGAAUCGGGUUACGGCGUAACGUGCUGUUUUGUGCCCGGCAACAAGCACAUCAUCAUUGGCACCAAGGAUGGCUGGUUGCGCCUCUUUGACGUGGCCUCGGGUGCUCUGUUGCAUGAAGUGGAGGCCCAUCAGGGAGCCAUUUGGGGCUUGGACCUCACUCCGGACGAGACCGGAUUUGUUACAGGCUCUGCUGACAAGACGGUCAAGUUCUGGGAUUUCGAGCUUGUGUCACAUGCUGCUGGUGGCAGCAAACAAUUGUCCAUUUCCCAUACCAAGACCCUCAAGAUGACGGAUGAGGUGACUUGUUUGCGGUUCAGUCCCAAUCAAAAGCUCUUGGCGGUCGCGCUCUUGGACACCACUGUGAAGGUGUUUUUCAGUGACACGCUCAAGUUCUUCCUGAGCCUGUAUGGACACAAGCUGCCUGUCAUGUGCAUGGACAUUAGCCAGGACAGCACACUCCUGGCCACGGGCAGCCCGGACAAGAACCUCAAGAUUUGGGGUCUUGACUUUGGUGACUGCCACAAGUCCUUCCUGGCCCACACGGAUUCGGUAACCUCGGUCCGAUUUGCAGGUAGCAGCCAUUACGUCUUUUCUACUUCCAAGGAUGGUGUGAUCAAACAAUGGGACGCCGAUGUUUUCACGCAGAUUCAGACUUUGAAGGGCCACAAGAGCGUCAUUAGUUGCAGCGCCAUCAGCAGCAAAGGCGGCUUGUUUGUUACAGGGUCGCACGACCGGUCAAUUCGCGUUUGGCGUCGUUCCCGAGAAAUGCUGAAUGUGGAGGAAGAGGCGGAAAUGGAGCGCGAAACUGAGUAUGAGAAGGAGCAGGCUGAGCGGGAGGCCAUGGAGGCUCGUGCUCAGGCCGAUGAUGAUGAGGCCGGCCGCGCCACACGCCGCUCCGCAGAGACGUUGAAGGCAACAGAUCGACUGUUGGAGGCGCUCUUGGUCGCCAUCGAGGAAGAUGCGAAGGGACCGGAUGCACCAACGAACCCGCUGCUCACGGCUUACCGCGUGGAGACGGGUGCAGAAUACUUGCGCCACAACCUGGAGGCCAUCAAAUCUUCGGAAAUGGAGGAGGCCAUGCUUUUGCUGCCGUACUCGCAAGUUUCCGAGCUCUUGAAGUAUCUGCAUGGUUUUUUGACGCGCAAUCUGAGCAUUGAAAAAGCAUCGCGCUGCCUGCUUUUCCUCGUGCGCGUGCACUUCAAUCAAGUGGUGGCAGACCGUUCCUUGCUGAAUAUCUUUGAUGAUCUGCGCUCCUCAGCACGGGCAGUCUUGGGCAACAAACGCGACCAAUUGGGCAAGAACCUGGCUGGUCUCCAGUUUAUUCGCCGUCAUCUUAACGAGAACUCGACGAUGGUAGAUUUGGAGGUGGCCGCUCCUCCACCCAAGAAGAGCAAACGCAAUACGUAA